UUCAAUGGUGAAAAUAUAGAAGUUUACAUUUUUUUUGGUUCUUCGUCUUCCCCAGAUCCCAGAAUUGAAAACCCAGUUUUUGUUUUUGAUUCUUUUGCUGAAUUUCGAUCUGGUUUUUGUGCUUUUGUUUGAAAUCUAACUGAGUUAUGGCUCCGAGUUCGGUUGUGGUCACCAUUGAGAAGCCGAACAAGUUCUCUUUAGUGGAAAUCAAUGGCUCGGAUUCUUCAACUCUACUACUCGAGAAACAGAAAUCAGUGAGUCCCAAGCAGUUCACCUGGUUCAUCUUCCUCAAAGCUCACCGAGUUUUCGCUUGUCUUUGGUGGCUGCCAAUGGCGUUCAAAACCAAACUUUCAUCGGUCAAAAAACGAAUCUCAUUGUCCGAUGCGAGUGAAGAAGAAGCCAAAAGCAGGAGAUUGUACAGAUUCAUCAAAGCGUUCCUAUUCAUCUCGAUUUCGGCUUUGGUUCUGGAAAUCGUUGCCCAUUUGAAGAAAUGGAAUUUGAGCAUCAUUCAGCCAUGGGAGGUUCAAGGUCUCCUUCAACGGUGUUACAUCUCAUGGAUGUCGUUUAGAGUCGAUUAUGUAGCUCCAUUGGUGUUAACCAUGUCCAAAUUCUGCAUCGUUCUCUUCUUGAUUCAGUCCCUCGAUCGCCUUGUUCUUUGUCUGGGUUGUUUCUGGAUUAAAUAUAAGAACUUGAAACCCAGAAUCAAUGGAGAUCCUGAUGACAUUGAAGAUGAUUCGAGUUUCCCUAUGGUUCUUGUUCAAAUCCCAAUGUGCAAUGAAAGAGAAGUUUUCUCCCAAUCGAUUGCAGCUGCUUGUCAACUUGAUUGGCCUAAAGAUCGGAUCCUAAUUCAAGUUCUGGAUGAUUCAGAUGAUGGAAAUCUACAGCUUUUGAUCAAAGAUGAAGUUUCUUCAUGGAGGGAGAAAGGGGUGAACAUAAUCUACCGACAUCGAUUGAUCCGGACCGGAUACAAAGCCGGCAACCUUAAAUCGGCGAUGGCGUGUGACUACGUGAAGGACUACGAAUUCGUCGCCAUCUUCGACGCAGAUUUCCAGCCUAACUCGGAUUUCCUCAAGCAAACCGUGCCUCACUUCAAGGGUGAUCCCGAGCUUGGUUUAGUUCAGGCUCGUUGGUCAUUUGUGAAUAAAGAUGAGAAUUUGCUCACUAGGCUUCAAAACAUCAAUCUCUGCUUCCAUUUCGAAGUCGAGCAGCAAGUUAACGGCGCUUUCCUGAACUUCUUCGGAUUCAACGGGACCGCGGGCGUGUGGAGGAUCAAGGCCUUGGAGGACUCUGGUGGCUGGCUCGAGAGAACGACUGUCGAGGACAUGGAUAUCGCGGUCCGAGCGCACUUAAAUGGAUGGAAAUUCAUCUUCCUCAACGAUGUUAAAGUGCUUUGUGAACUGCCGGAGUCUUAUGAGGCCUACAAGAAACAACAGCACCGUUGGCAUUCGGGUCCGAUGCAGCUGUUCCGAUUAUGUCUCCCAGCCAUCGUGAGAUCCAAGAUACCGAUAUCGAAGAAGGCCAACUUGAUCUUCCUGUUUUUCCUACUGAGGAAGCUCAUACUCCCAUUCUACUCAUUCACAUUGUUCUGCAUCAUACUCCCCUUGACAAUGUUCAUCCCAGAAGCAGAACUUCCCCUGUGGGUCAUCUGUUACGUCCCGAUCUUCAUGUCGCUCCUGAACAUCCUCCCGUCCCCGAAAUCGUUCCCAUUCCUGGUCCCGUACCUCCUCUUCGAAAACACAAUGUCGGUAACGAAAUUCAACGCCAUGAUCUCGGGACUGUUCCAGCUCGGAAGCGCCUACGAGUGGGUAGUAACGAAGAAAACAGGGCGAUCAUCGGAAUCCGACUUGGUUGCCUUAGCCGAAAGGGAAUCGAAGGAGAAGAUCACUCGGAGACACUCCGAAUCGGGGCUGAAUAAACUCAAACAACUCGACGAAAUCGCCCCGUCGAAGAAGAGGAACAAGUUGUACAGGAAAGAGCUAGCAUUGGCACUUCUCCUGCUAACAGCAGCUGCAAGAAGCUUGUUAUCUGCUCAUGGGGUUCAUUUCUAUUUCCUGCUGUUUCAAGGCUUGACAUUUCUGGUAGUUGGAUUGGAUUUGAUUGGUGAACAGAUAAGUUAAAAAGAA